GUUUAAUCUCUCAGUCUGAGUCGAGAACAAGGAUUAGGGAAGUUUCUCAUAACGAAUGUUGUAAGCGAGCUUUGAAUCGGCGUUACCACGCUUUACAAGGAAGGAUCAACAUCAAAAAUCGGGAAAGAAACAUCGUUAUACCGGAUAAUAAUGUAUAUCGAAACCAGAAGCUCGCGACUCACGCUCUCUGGAAAUUAUAAGUAGCUAGAGGGGGAGGGGGGGGGAAUGUAGAUACGAUAUCACGUAAAAUGUUCAACAUGCUGCCAAGUUGCUGAGUAUCAUAUCUCGUAAUAUGGCUCAAAUCCGGAUUCACAAUAUCAUAUAUUUCGUUGUACGUUUGUUUAUUCAAAAUGAUACGCGUUUUUUUUUUUUCUAUACACGUGUCAGCAUAUUAAAAGAUUAAGUAUAUCGUUCACUGCGAGCUUACGAGGAUACUCUGUUCGCAUCCGCGUCUUGAGUGCGCACAUUUUUCGAUCGUGAAAUACUUUCUUUAUAAAUGAUUUGUACAUAAAUAAUUAAUUGUAGAAAGCGAGUCUGCGCGUGAAAUGAUACAUACUCGAUAUAUUCGUCAUUCGGAUUACCUAACACGCUUUUUUUUUUUUUUUAGUUCUUUAGUUGAGAGACCGAAUUAAUGCGAAUGUGUACUUUUGUAAGAGAGUGAGAGAAGGGGAAUCUUGAUCGCCGCGUUCACAUAUAUCAACAUGCGUAUAUUAUAUGUUAACAACAUUACUCUCUCUCUUCUAAUCGUAGGUUCAUUAUUCACGAGUGAAAAUUUACCGCAAAGCGCAUCGCAAUGCGAGAUGAAUCCCGAAUCCUCCGACUUUAAUUGCACAAUGAUACUUUUUUAUCGUCUCUCUCUUUCUCUCUCUCUCUUCUUUCUGUAAAUGAAUAGCGUGACAAUACAAAAGCAUAUCUGUUUGAGCGACCUAAUAAAUAAUAAGCAAAUACGUUUACUUCUCGGAAAAAAAAAGAAAAUUUCUUCGCAUUCAUAGACCGUUCUGUCGAUCCUACCUUGAGGAAUGACCUUGAUAUCAUCUACGUCUUGAAGCGAGAAAAUUCUGCAAUAAUUGUAGUUUUCUAAUUGAUUCUUUUGAUACGAACGCGUGACGCAAAAAUUGACAGUAUUUUCUUAAUUCGUUAGUUUAGUUAGAGAGUGUGCCAUCGCUCGCAGCGCGCGUCUACUUCAAUCGCAUUAAUUAAGGAGUCAUUCGUAUCAGUGCGUCGUGAAAGAACAAAGAUCAACGUGAUACAAAUUUUUCAAGAAAUAUGCGAGCUCCGAUCGUUAGGCUCGAUAUUAAUUUUCUUGACGGAUUAAGAAACGUAUGUAUCACGGAUUUAUCAAAGUAAAUAAGUAAACGAUAGAUAAAAAUGCUGUACAUAAUAAUGUUGAUAUAAUCUUACUACCGAUGUAAUAGUCGUAUUAUACGAAAAGGGAAAAUAAAGAUAAAAGUUAACUUAAUUCAAAUUGAGAAAUCUCGUCUUGUUACUCUUAAUACCCCGUAAUUCACUUUUCAGCUUAGAGCGCGCCGCUCUAUGGAGGAUAUAUAUUACGCUAGUUGAGAGUAAAUUAACGCGCAAUUAACAACUUAUCUCGCGGUUUCGGGUCGCACGACGUAUUAGCCGUGCUUAGCCGGUUCCGUCGAUUGAUCGAAGGUACGACGACGACCGCUAUGCUUCAUCGAUGAAAAAACUGAAGAAAAAGUUGGACGGCAACGGGACGGCGGGGCAUCAGCAGCAGGCGACCGGGAUGGCGGGCGGAUUGAACGCGAACGCGACAGACACCCCCGAUGUCGCGAAUCGCAUCUGCAGGGAUUUCCUGAGGAAUGUGUGCCAUCGUGGGAAGCGUUGCAAGUACCUGCACGAGCGUUCCGACGACGAUCCGGUGGAGGAGUAUACCUUCUGCCACGAUUACCAGAACGGCAUGUGCAACUGGCCGGGCUGCAAAUUUCUCCAUUGCACGGAAAGCGAGGAGAAGCGUUUCCGGGCGACCGGCGAGCUACCGCCCCACGUUCUCAACAGAUCCAAGAUCGGUAAUAACGACAAGUCGGAUUAUCCGUUGUGCAAGGACUUCCUCAAGGGCAGUUGCCAGAGAGCCAACUGCAAGUUCAGGCAUUGGAAGAAGGAGGAGCCGCAGCACAAUCUGAUGUCGCCGCCGCAUCACAACGCGUCCAGACCGCAGCACAAUUUCAACGGCACGAGUAACGGCGGUGGUGCCGGAGGCGAGAAUCGCAGAUACGAAGAGGAUAGAAAUUUUCACUGGCAAAUGGAAGAUCAGCAUAACAAUUUGGUCGCUAAUAACGGCGGUUACAACACAUCACAUCCGGCCGAUUACAUCGGACCGCCAGAACCAAAGAGACGGAUAGUCUCGGGCGAAACGGUCGUUCAUUUUGACGCUUCUACGAUCGUGGGCCAGCACGCCACGCAAGCGGCAGUCACGCCGAGUUAUUAUUACCCUGUAAUACCGCGCAACGAGGCACGGGCUAUCGUACUUGAGGAUGAGAAUGCCUUGUUGAGGAAAAAAAUAGAAGAAUUGAAGAAACAGGUUAGCGAUUUGACGGCGACGAAUGAAUUUCUGUUGGAUCAAAACGCUCAAUUGAGGAUGUCGGGCAAACGAACCGCGAAUGUAACAGCCGUAACAGUGCCGGCAGUCACGAUUACAAAUACAGUUCCACCGUCACAAGCCCCGACGCCUCAACAGAUGGUCAAUGCGGCCGUAGCCGCUGGUACUCUUCGGACAGUCACCGCCAGCGUAGCCACCGUUCCUGUAAGCAUUGCAACCGUGGCGCCCGUCUCGAUUGCGGCGGUCUCUAUGGCGCCGGUUUCGAUACCUCCGCCGAUCGUUACUAUGGCGCAACAGACCAUCUCGAUGAGCGGCUCCGGACCUCCUCAAGCUACCAAUCAACAGCCACCCAAUACACAGCAGCCUGCAAGCCUACCUCUAUCGAUAUCCGGCGCGACCGCGCCCCUCGUUUCUUAUCCCAUUAUGUCUCAAGAACUUAGGCCUGUCUUACAGUAAGUCGCGUAGCAGAAGAAUACGGACAACAGUUGUAUUCUGACAAGAUAUCGACAAAUAUACGAUACACACUACCUACCUACUUGGCUAUUAAGAAUAUAACAUCUUCUGACUAAAUCAUGUUUCUCUUACAAUAAACUGAUGUACUUCGAAAGUACAAAGAACGGAAGACAGAGAGAGAGAUCAGUGGCUGUGGAAUGACACAGAUGUAUUGCAAAUGUAGCAAAUAGAAAUAUUUACAUUGAUGUAAUAUUCAUAUACAUCUUAAAUUUCUUAACUUCCAUACUUAUUUACACAAAGAUAGAACCUAAAGAAAACAGAUGUUUAGUUUAGAACCAUUUUGUUAAAAAUAAAUAAAUAAAUAAUUUUCUUGUUAAAAAUAAAUAAAAUCAAAUUAUA